AUGUCUGGGGAUAGAGAUCUGUUCAUCGCCUAUGGCGUGCUCAUGGCCGGCGCUGUAGCACCCAUCUACUUUGGCUCCUUCUCCUCGCUCAGGACACCCAAGACUACUCGCGACCUUGUCAAAGCAGCCAAGAAGAAGCGCAAGUCAAACGGCGACUCGGACGACUCAGAAACCGACUCGGACUCAGAUUCAGAGUCUGAUGAUGACGAUGUUCUGGACAGAGUGACUUCGUCGGACGCCAUGUGGUUUCCCAUCAUGGGUUCAGCUGUCCUCUUUGGCCUGUUUGUGAUCUUCAAGUAUCUCAACAAGAAGUAUGUCAACCUUUUGCUCAGCUUCUACUUUGGCUUUGUGGGCUGCCUAGCGCUCAGUCAAGUGCUCGUCUCGCUUUCUCGUGGUAUCGUGGGUCGUGAGCUCUGGAAGAAGCUGCCCAACUUCCGCCUGCAGCUCGACCAGCGCGGACAAGGACGUCUUUUCAAGCUCUCGUUCACAACCGUCGAUGUUGGCCUAGUCGCUCUCUCGACCUUGCUCGUCGGCGUCUACCUGGUCACCAAGAACUGGAUGAUCAGCAAUCUCCUCGCUCUUUCGCUCUCGCUCAACGCGAUCGCCCUGAUGUCGCUCGACUCGUUUCGAACAGGUGCCAUCAUGCUUGGAGGAUUGUUUGUCUACGACAUCUUUUGGGUAUUCGCAACGCCCGUCAUGGUCUCCGUGGCUCGCAACUUUGACGCCCCCAUCAAGAUUGUGUGGCCCAAGAACAUUCUCGAGGCCAUUUGGGCACUUAAGGCUGGUCAAGCUUUGCCAAAGCUUCAGUUCACAAUGUUAGGCCUUGGUGACAUUGUGAUCCCAGGGAUCUUUGUCGCACUGGCUCUGCGAUAUGAUCAGCUUGUUGCCAGCGAGAAGAAGCCGUCAAUCAGCUUCACCAAGGGGUACAGGCGCUUUACCAAGCCUUACUUCCAGGCUACGCUCGCUGCCUACGUGGGCGGCCUUGCGACGACGAUGGGUGUAAUGCACUUUUUCAAAGCUGCUCAGCCUGCGCUGUUGUACCUCAGCCCGGCUUGCACUGGUGCUGUCAUGUUGACUGCUGCACUCCGUGGCGAGUUCAAGCAGGUAUGGAACUGGACCGAUGGGGAGCAGGAGGAGAAAGAGGCGCAAGAGAAGAAGGAGCAGAAGAAGCAAGACAAGAAAGAUGAGAAGAAGGACUGGAAGACAUCUGCCACUAGACGGUCCAACCGUCGCAAGUCGACCAAAAAGGAGUGA